AGGUCGGUUCCUGGGCCGGGCUAAAUGAUUUCCUACUUCGACCAGGCUCUGCCCCUCCAUCUGCUGCUGGCAGCUGGGCGCUGACCAUGUGUCAAAGGGGAUAAGAUUUUCAACGAUGUUAACUUUGGGGAAAUAUUUCAGUAUAUUUCGGGUCAGAGCAACUAAUAAUGAGUUAAAGUUCCUCGUAAUUUUCGCUUGUUGGAAGAACUUGAAGAAGGACAAAAAGGAGUAGGCGAUGGUACGGUUAGCUGGGGCCUUGAAGAUGAUGAAGACAUGACACUUACAAGGUGGACAGGCAUGAUUAUUGGGCCACCAAGGACAAAUUAUGAAAACAGAAUAUAUAGCCUGAAAGUAGAAUGUGGACCUAAAUACCCAGAAGCUCCUCCAUCAGUUAGAUUUGUAACCAAAAUUAAUAUGAAUGGAAUAAAUAAUUCCAGUGGAAUGGUAGAUGCACGUAGCAUACCAGUAUUAACAAAAUGGCAAAAUUCAUAUAGCAUUAAAGUUGUACUUCAAGAACUAAGACGUCUAAUGAUGUCUAAAGAGAACAUGAAGCUUCCACAGCCACCAGAAGGACAAACAUACAACAAUUAAUUUUAGUGGAUCUCAAACUUGUCUUAAAUCAACAAUCUUCUAUUUGUGUUAAUGUCUUGAUUAAAUAUUACAAUGCAAAAUACCCACCCAUUAAGUAAAAGAAUUCCAGCUGGUAAACAUGACCUGGACAUUUGUAAGAAUAUAUUUAAUAUAUGUAUAUGCAUUAUGUUUUCAGGUAACAGAAGGAAAAAUGCAGCACAUUUGUUUUUAAGGCACUGUCAUUUAAACAUAAACCUGGAGUACUCAAAAUAGAAUUCAGGUUUAUAAGAUGAAAAUAUGGUGAGAAGUGUCAGGUAGCUGUGGUGGAAGCAUGUGUGUUUCUAAAAAUCUCAAGAAGGGAAAAGAAAUGGCAUGCUUUAUCCAUCUUGCUUAGUGAAAAGAGCUUCAGUUUAAAUUGUCUGAAGUAGCAGGUACAAUGAGUAUUGUCAGAAAUUGUUUUAAUUUUCAAAGUAGUGUGGAUGCUGACUACUAGUAUCAAAAAUAUGUUAAGGAUUGUUUUGAUAUCUGCAUUUAUAAUAAAAAAUGUCAUGGGGAAAGUUGAUGAAUUUCUGUUAAAAAGCUAUUUCUGUACAUUACAUGUAACAGACAUGACAAAUACUUGUUUACAGUCUUUGACAAACAUACAUUUAAGUUUAAGUGAAAUCAGCAAAAAGGAAAUAAGUGUAUUGAUAUGUGAUUUUGGGGAUUAAAGUUAGUCUUAAAAUGUAAAUAAAAUGUGGAUUGUGUCCUCA